AUGGCCGCCGCUUCAAUCGAGGAUAUAAAGCUGGAAGACAUUACCGUCGAUGACAUCGAUUUUUCCGAUUUGGAAAAACAGUUCCAAGUGGACUCUGAAGUAAAUUUCGAUAACUUCGUGGUUGUUGAUGGCGCUCCUGUGGCGCCAGAAUCUAAGGUUCCUGUGCUAUCAAAAGUUUUGGGAAAGCUUUUCUCUCAAGCUGGCAAAGUGGUUGAUAUCAACUUGCCGCUAGACGAAGCCAAAAAGACCACCAAAGGAUACUUGUUUGUCGAGUUCGACUCUGCCCUCUCGGCAAGAAAAGCUAUCAAGUUACUCAACGGCAAGAAAUUGGAUGCCAAGCACAGACUAUUUGUGAACGGUCUCAGUGACGUGGAGAAAUUUGGUUCUGAUGACUUCGAGAGUGAGUUCCGCCAGCCAAAGUUGCCAGAGUUCCAAGCUACGGAUUACUUGAAGUCUUGGUUGCAAGACGAACAAGGUAGGGAUCAAUUCGUGCUGCAGAAGGGCGAGUUGACUGGUGUCUUUUGGAAUAGAAAUACCCAGCAGCCUGAAAAUGCUGUUGAGCCAAGAUCAAACUGGUCCAAUACUACCGUCAAGUUUUCUCCAAAGGGUACUUACUUGUUUUCUUUCCACAACCAAGGUGUCGCCUCAUGGGGUGGUAAGAACUUUGAACGUUUGAGAAGAUACUUUCACCCUCAAGCCAAGGCCAUGGCAAUUUCUCCAACUGAAAAGUACUUAGUCACACUUUCCCCAGACCCUAUAUCUGUUCCUCAGGAUGCGGGUGAAGAUUUCCCAUUCGGACCUGAAUCUAACGGUCAUCAAUUGUGUGUCUGGGAUAUUGCCACCGGUGUUUCGGUAAAGACUUUUGCGCUGCCCCCAAAUCAAAGCUUACACUGGCCAAUGAUCAAAUGGUCUUUCGAUGAUAAGUACUGCGCUCGUCUAGGGCCUAACGCGCUGGCUGUUUACGACGCCGAAAACAAUUUCGAAUUGCUCGGCGGGAAGAUAUUAAAGAUUGAAAACAUCAUGGACUUCUCCUUUGCGCCCGCUGGUGUCAAGUUGGCUGUCAACAGAAAUGGCGAACUAUCGUCAGUUCUUGCAUUUUGGACUCCAGAAUCCAAUAAUCAAUCUUGCAAAGCUACUAUAAUGGAAAUUCCAACGAGAAGAGUUUUAAGAACUGUGAACUUAGUUCAAGUUUCUGAUGUCACUCUACACUGGCAAAAGCAAGCCGAAUACUUGUGUGUGAAAGUCGACCGUCACUCCAAGUCAAAGAAGACAUUUUUCACCAACUUGGAAAUUUGCAAGCUUACCGAGAAGGAUGUUCCAGUCGAGAAGGUCGAAAUGAAGGAUCUCGCACUCAAAUUUUCUUGGGAACCUACAGGACAAAGAUUUGUUACCAUUUCAAGAACAGAAACAUUGGAUGACAAUCCUUCCAUUCCUAAAAACGUUGUCACAUUUUAUGCCCCUGAGCAAAAAGAAAAGACUAAAGAUGAUACAAAUGACGAUGCUAAAAAGUGGAAAGCUUUUGCUACUGUUACCGGUAAAUUUUCCAACACCAUUUCUUGGUCUCCAGCUGGUAGAUUUGUCAUUGUGGCCACUUUGGUCACUCCAGACACACGUAAAGCUGAUUUUGACUUUUAUGACUUGGAUUACACUGGUGAAAAGAAUGAAAACACCGAAGAUGAUGUGGCGGCCAACUUGAAAGCUGUUGCUCACCCAGAUUUCUACGGUGCUACUGAUUUGCAAUGGGAUCCAUCUGGCAGAUUUGUAGCCGUCUGGUCCUCUGCUGUGAAACACAAACUCGAAAACGGUUACAAGGUUUUCACUGUCACUGGAGAAGUCAUCAGAGAAGAAAUGAUCGAAAAUUUCAAAAACUUCGUUUGGAGACCAAGACCCGAAUCUUUGCUAACCAAUGGUGAAAGGAAGAAGGUCAGAAAGAAUUUGAGAGAAUGGUCUGCUCAAUUCGAAGAACUGGAUGCUAUGCAAGCUGACAGCGCAAUGAGAGAGCUAAUCUUGCUACGUCGUUCUCUACUCGAAGAGUGGAUCAACUACAGGGAAGAGAGUACUGAAAACAUGCGUGACGCUUACAACUACGAAGUUUUCGAUCAAGUCGAAUUCUCUACCGCCGCGGAAGAUUCCGAGGUUGUUGAGGAAAUCAAAGAAGAAAUUUUGGAGGAAAAAGAAGAAGUCGUUGAUUCUUUCGAGGAGCCAGCAACCUCCGAGUAG